AUGGAUCGUUUCUUUACCUGGUAUAGAGUCCCUGAAGAUCGAAGAGUUCAAUUUGCUAGCCUGAAACUAACUGGCACUGCCCAACUCUUUUGGGAAAGUGUAGAGGAUCUCCUUGAGAGGCGUCAUGCGCCUCCCGUUGGGAGUUGGGAAGAAAUGAAGUGUCGUCUUCAAGAGAAAUACCUGCCCCAAUCUUACAGGGGUAAUUUGUUGGACCAAUGGAAUGCCCUUACACAGGGCAAUCGGCCAGUGACUGAGUAUGUCACUCAAUUUGAUGAAUUCCGAAUGAGAUGUCAUAUUGUUGAGGAUGAGGCCAUGACUUUGAGUAGGUUUAGACAAGGCUUAAAAGAUGAUCUUAGACGCGAGCUUGUCCUUCGGGGUGUCACUACACUUGACUAUGCUUACUCUUUAGUCCGAGACUAUGAGUCGGUCAUGAGGACUCCGUUUGGAAGGCGUGGUGACAACCGCCCUUCCAUCACCCCAGCGCCCACCCUUUCCCCUAAGUCUCUCUUAGGACCUCCACCAUCUAAUGUUUCCCCCGCAUGGAAAAAUAAGGGUAAAGGUCAUGAAAUUCCAAGGACUUCCUCCCGCUUGCAGUGUUUCAAAUGUAAGGGUUUUGGUCACAUUUCUUCCAAUUGUCCUAGUCAAACCCUAGUCAUUGAGGAACAUGAGGGUAUAGUUGAUGAAUUGUUAGAAGAUCAAGUCUAUGAGCCUAAGCUUGAGGAGUUUGGUGAUUUAGGUGAUGAUGAGGAUACCUUCUUAGGUUGUAUCCGAACCUUUCCUGUGGAUUUAAGUUCUGUACCUCAUGCUCCCGACACACCCAGAUUAAGUGUUGUACGUUGCACCCUUAUCCAACCAAAAGGUGCUGAUGAUUGGCGCUGUCAUGCCAUCUUUCAUACUUAUAUCAAAAUCAAUGAUAAGGGUUGUAAAAUUAUUGUGGUUAGUGGGAGUUGCAUUAAUGCGGUUUCUGUGGCUACUGUGUCCCGUCUUGGAUUACAACCAGUGCCUCACCCUCAGCCGUAUAGUGUUUCUUGGGUUGAUACCUCUUCCAUAGCUGUGAAAGAGCGUUGUCUGGUUCCUAUCCAGUUCUUAGAAUAUAAGGAUCGUAUAUGGUGUGACGUCAUUCCUAUGGAUGUUGGUCAUGUCAUUCUUGGCAGGCCUUGGUUAUUCGACUUAGAUGUGACUAUCCAUGGUCGAUCCAAUUCAUAUUCCUUUGUGUUUAAUGGAAAGAAGAUUCACCUUAACCCUUUACCUCCAAAACCUGUUGGUUCACAACAAACAAAGAAAAUUGUGAAACGAAAAGGGUUAAAUAUCAUUAACUCUAUGGAGUUUGAGCGUGCACUCGUGAGUGCUUCUGUUGUGUUUGCUGUAGUUGUUAUGGAGGUUCCUUUGGCAUCUCCAAUAGUGGUCCCUGAUGAGGCCCAAUCAUUUUUUCAGGAGUUUCGGGAUGUCUUCCCUGAAGACCUCCCUGACCACUUACCUUCUCUACGAGAUAUUCAACAUGCCAUAGAUCUCGUCCCAGGAGCGUCCCUUCCCAACUUGCCUCAUUAUAGGAUGAAUCCCACUGAGCAUGCUGAGCUCCAAAGACAAGUGGGUGAACUUCUUCACAAAGGCUUUAUCCGUGAGAGUUUAAGUCCUUGUGCAGUUCCUGCCCUUUUGACUCCUAAGAAAGAUGGUUCUUGGAGGAUGUGCAUUGAUAGUCGUGCCAUUAAUAGGAUCACAGUGAAAUAUCGAUUUCCCAUCCCUAGGCUUGAUGAUAUGUUGGAUAUGAUGGUUGGUGCCACAAUAUUUUCGAAAAUUGAUUUAAAGAGUGGGUAUCACCAAAUUAGGAUUCGCCAGGGUGAUGAGUGGAAGACUGCCUUCAAGACGAAGGACGGCUUUUAUGAGUGGUUGGUCAUGCCUUUUGGACUAACCAAUGCCCCAAGUACUUUUAUGAGAGUGAUGACACAAGCUCUUCGGCCUUUCAUGGGUAAGUUCCUCGUCGUCUACUUUGAUGACAUUUUCGUUUACAAUAGGACUAAGGAACAACAUCUAGAUCAUCUCACACAGGUUUGUUCCACUCUUCGUGAAACAAAUCUGUAUGCUAAUGUGAAGAAAUGCUCUUUCUUCACCGAUCGGGUUGUCUUCCUAGGAUUCAUUGUGUCUUCUACUGGAGUAUCUGCUGACCCCACAAAGAUUCAGGCCAUUGUUGGUUGGCCUGAGCCCAAGACUAUACAUGAUGUCAGGAGUUUUCAUGGUCUGGCUACAUUUUAUCGUCGUUUUAUUCAGGGGUUUAACACAAUCAUGGCUCCUAUCACGGAGUGCAUGAAGAUGGGAGAAUUUCAGUGGACAUUGGAAGCGGCUAAGGCUUUUAAGUUAGUCAAGAAGCGAAUGACGGAAGCUCCUGUCAUGCGACUUCCUGAUUUCUCCAAAGUUUUUGAGGUCGAUUGUGAUGCUUCAGGGGUAGGAAUAGGUGGAGUUCUUAGCUAG